CAUUUUUCGUUUCGUUGCGCCGUUUUUUUCCCUUAUGGGAUGGCUACCGCUUCCCAAACCAGCGGUGUGGUAGUUUGGGAAUGGGAAGAACGAGUAAAUCUCUGGAUUCCUUACGAAUUGAAGGCUGUUCAUCACUUAGAGAGGAGCUACUUAAGUAUCAAACGAAGCACGUCCAAAAGGGUACCUCCAGUCAAGUUGGGAGAUUGUUCCAGUGACUUAAGUGUUUAUGAAGUUGAUUUGACGAAAAACGAACAACGGAAUUUGGAAACAGGUAAAAAUCGUUGAAUCAUACAUUUUAAAUACAGGGUAAUAGAGGAAAGGUGAAAAACUCUGAGACCGUUAGCAAAAGGCGGAAGUAAUAAAGUAGGGAAAUGUGACGUCAUAUUUGUUUUUGUUGUUGUUGUUGUUGUUUUUUUUUCCUUUCCUUUUUAAGUUGUGUACAGUAGGGUUAUAUGUAAGCUUGUGCUUAAUGAUAUUCUUAUGUCCUUUUUUACAUUGUAAAGCGCUUAGAACAGCGAUGUAUAAAAGCGAAAUAAAUUCCAUUAUUAUUAUUAUUAUUAAUUUGUGAAAUUAUAGGUUACCUGAGAUAUUUAGAAAGAACAAGAUGAAAAUGUCCACUUGUCGAAAUUCAGCCGAUUAGAGCAUAUUGCUAUUAAAUUUAAGGUACACUCCAACCCAAUUGUAGAAGGAUCUGUAUGGUUGGAGUCAUGCGAGCAUAACAUUUAUAUCUCACAUACAAUGUUGAAACCAGGUUUGGUAGAGAGAGGUUCUGGUAUCCACUAGGCCUAUGCAGAAGAUUCACUUAUCAUGCAGUCUCUAGGGAGAACUGCAUGACAAACUUUAAAACAAUGCAGCUGAGAACUUGAAGAUGCUUUCGGCUGUCACUGUUGCCUUAACGUGUUAUUAAACCUUUUAGAUGCCAUUAUCAAUAGUAAGAGUGACAUUUUGGUCUUUGAAGAAUUUAAAACUAUAAAAUUGAUGCAAUUAUCUUUUAGUCUUUCAUUUAUUGCAUACAAGUGGUCAUGUCCUUAAUUUAACCCUUUACUACUACAAGGUAAUGGGCCCCAACCCCCCAUCUUCCUGAACAAUUAUCAAGGAUCUAAGAUGGCUGUGAUACUUAAUCAAAACAUGCAUGCUCAGUGGAUUUCAGAGCCUUGUUUCACACAAUAAACUACACAGACAUGAAGCCAAGAAGUCAUUUUAUUAGUCUGAAGAAUUAGUUAAGACAAUCAUCCCUGCAUUCACAAGAUAUUUAAGAUAAUAUCCCAAGUAACGAAAAAAAUUCAAAUUUGCUGCCAUUCGCAGUGCCUGUUGUCAAACUUUGAAUGAGAAUUUAUUUGCAAUCCAUCAUAAUAUAGCUUACCUUUUUACAAGAAAACAAGGGACAUUUUUAGAAAUAUAACAAACAUGCCAGAUUUGUUUCCCUCCAUACAAGCUGAAACAUAUUGAUUUGGGGGUACAGCAUGGUUCAGUUUGGAACCUUGUUCCAUCUUCGCUUUUGCUUUCAUUGCAAGAAACCAUCGAUCAUUGGUGUUGGUGUGUGAGGUAAAGUUUGAAAUCAAGUGUUUUGCCCUUCAAUCCAACACGUUCUGAUUCAAGAACAAAAUAAUUACAAAAAAUACAUUAAAAAGAAACCAAAAUAUGUAUCUAUACCACUUUUUUGAUUGCCACCCCACACAUAUAAAAAGAACGAAGCUGAUCAGCACAAUCCAUGUCACCCAUGUGAGAAUUUUAAACAUCUGAAGUGGAAACUAAUAAUAACAAUUUUUAUACAGGAAGCUCACUUCACAAAGAGUGAUUAAUUCAUUGAGGUCCUGUAAAACAAUAGAAAAAUAAAUGAGCUUAGAUAAAUGAAUAAGUAAUAGUAAUAAGUAAGAAGUUAAGAACUAAAAACCUAACUUAUACAAGCUGGAGGUUAAAAAUGUUAAAAUGUCCAUUAAAAUAUUAAAAGCUAUAAAAUAUCUAAAAUAUACAGCUUUUAAUGUUCUGUUUAAAAAAAAGAAGAGAGUUAAUUUCUUUAAAAGAUGCGUCUAAAAUGUUCCAUUCCUUAGCGCAUUGAUAAAAAAGUCUGCUUUCCGUAAUUCCUUUUAGCGAGAGGAAGACAGAAAGUGUUUCUUCUUCUAGUCUUAUAACUCUGGAUGUUUGAGUUUCUCAAAGUAUUAAAAUUGUGAUCCACAAGUCUGUGGAUGUACUUAAAAGUGGUAAUGUAUCUACGUACAAGGUGCUCUUGAGAUAAGGUAGGCCAUCCGAGAGUGGUCGAUGAAGCAUAGUUGGGCAAAUCAAGGAUAACUUUGGUAGCCUUAUUUUGCAAGACCUGUAAAUCAUGCGUUAGUGUAAUAUUAUCUCUGUCUCCCCAGUUAGUAUCAGGGAACUCAAAAUUAAGGCAUUGUAUAAUGCAACUCACGCAUCCAAAGGCAAUAGAGGUUUGAUACGAUUUAACAAGCCACUUCUUUGAUUUACUUUUGCAAUCAGUGAUUCAAUAUGGUCAUUCCAAGUCAGGUUCUUUUGAAUGACAGCACAUUGUAGAUACUUGAUUCAAUCUUCACUCUCAAGGUUUUUGUGAUCAAUGACAAGCUUGAUACCUUGACAGGUUUGCAACCUUCUAUCACCACCAGACAAUGCAAACUUCGAUUUCGAUGUAUUUAAGGUGAGAUAGUUGUUGUUAAACCAUUUGGCAAGAUUGUUAAGGUCCGCAUUCAGCUGGUAUUCAAUGUUUUGACAGGAAUUUACACUGAAGUAAAUCACUGUGUCGUCGGCAUACAUGACUACCUGGCAAUGCUCUAAACAGUUGGGAAGGUCGUUAACGUAUAGUGGAAAAAGAAGAGGCCCAAGGAUGCUUCCUUGGGGUACCCCAACAGGAACCUUUUGUUUAGUCGACUGGCAGUUUUCAACAGAUGUGACUUGAUACCGACUUUCAAGGUAUGAGGCAAACCACUUCACAACUUGAGAGCUAGCUCCAAUGGUCUUAAGUUUUUCAAUAAGAAGCACAUGGUCCACUGUAUUGAGAGCCUUCGAAAGAUCUAAGAAAACUGCUCCAUUGAAGCUGCCUUUAUCAAGACUAGUAGUAUGUUGUCUGCAAAAUGAGCAAAGGCAGUUAAAGUUGAAAGUUUAGGGGGGAAACCAAAUUGAUUUGGAGUAAGUAAUUUACUCGCUGAUAAAAACUUGUACAGCUGUUGGUGCACAGCCUGCUUUAGGAUCUUGCUAAUGGUUGGGAGUACUGUGAUUGGCAUGCAGUUGUUACCAUCGGUACGAUCACCACCUUUGAAUAAAGCAGUCACCUUACUACAUUUCCAAAUCGAUGGAAAAGUGCUUGCCUCAAGUAACAGGUUAAAAAGUCUGAUCAGUAUAGGUGCCAUGCAUUCAGCUGAGUCCUUCAAUAGUCGUGCUGGGGCGAUCCAGUCCUAUAGCUUUGUUAGUUUUUAAGGUUUUCAAAGGCUUGAGAACAAAGGAUUCUGUGAUACUACAAAAGGAAAGCGAUUUAUUAUUGCCAUUCCAUCGCAAAAAGGUAGGUGAGAAAAACUUUCUGGAAUUGCUGGCUAUAAGCCGGAGUUCAUCACUUGCGACUGAGUUGUUGUCGCUUUUACUGUCUUCAGACUCUCUUUCGCUACUUUCCUCCUCACAAAAUUCUUGCACUUCGAUGUCAGAUAAGUCUAUCAACAUUCACAUCACUAAAACUUAAAUUACUCUUACUAUCAUUGUCAGAACCAAAAAUCGCUUUGAUUCAGUGGCAGCAAUAUUGAUAAACAAAGAUAAAAUACAAAUCUAAAGCAUGUUCAAAUUUGUGCAACACAAAUCUACUGAAUAUCUAUAGCUAGCUAAUAGACAAAUUAAAGAAGGAAAUGCUCAACCAUCUGGCUUUUGGUGUGUUUAAUGGAGUAAGAGAAAUCCAGUAUACAAAUCCUGUGCAAAAGAUUCACCCAGGUACGUCUUCGUAGCGAAUCCAAUCGGCCCUUCACUACUUGCCUCAUGCAAUAGUUUUGUAUGCGCAGUUCAUGUGAUUUGAUUGGUUUAUGCCUGCCCUUAACAAUGGAACAAUAAGUAUUGACAAAGACUGCCUUACCUAGGGUAUACAGCACAUUUUUUUGCACCCUUUUCUUGUGGCUGCUUUUGGCCGCUCUAGGAAAAAUAUGUCAUUUCUGACUGGCCGCUUUUGGCUGCUUCAGUAGUGAAAGGAUUAAUAUUGAUUUCAUAAUAAAUUCUUAUUAUACAUUACUUUUUAUUUUCUUAACCCAGGUACUGUACGGAGCAUCCGAAGAAGUGUAUACCCAAGCAAUUCUGUUCCUGGGAGAGGACUGAGAUGGGAAUGGUUUAAUGAUUUUGCAUGGACAGCAUAUGAUAUUCCUACAUCUGAAGCUAUCGAGAAGAGUCAUAGAGCUAAGGAACGGUUUAUAGAUUUGAGCAAUACUCCACUUGGAAUCCCAAAUGUCUUGGAUAUUAAGGCAGAGAUACAAAUUAAUAAACAUACAAAAUUUCAGAGGCAUGUUCGUAGGUUAACCGGUCAAAGUUACCCCACAGCUGGAACUCAAGACGUUAGUACUCCUAGUAUGUCACCAAAUAACAGUUUGCAUGCCACAGCUACUGUCAAUGGCCAUGUGGCUUCAAGUAACACCAGAGCUUCAAAAUCUGGCGUUACCAGUAAAGGUGCAAAGACUGCAGUUAGAGGAGCAAGAUCUAAAAAAGUUAAGGUGGAGCACUCCCAAGGUAAUACCUGUUUUUCUCAAACUCUACAAUAUUCCAUAGUAAAAAAUAAAGGCAAUCACUGCUGUGAACAAGGAUUGGGUCUUUGUGUCUAAUAAAUUUCUACAUCAGUUCGCAAGCUAGAGCCUUAAAAUUAAUCUGUUCACUUAACUACAGGAUAAUUUUGUUUGGCUAGUUAUUCAAUAAUAAUAAUGAUUAACAAUAAUGUUAAUGUUAUGACUACAACUACUACUACUACUGAUAAUAAUAAUAAUAAUAAUAAUAAUAAUAAUAAUCCUAGGAACGGCGCACAUACUGAGAAGGCUUCUGUCCAUCAAAUAAAAAACUCCCCUGGUACCUCAGGAUUAAGGAUUGGCCUCGGUUCUAGGAGAGUGUAGGAAGCAAUAUUAACAGCUUUAUAAUACUAACUUUGUUGGGUUAAUGCAAAUUACUGAUAAAGCCAGUGUUUUUAGGUAGUCUAAUGUAGACCACAGCUUAAGACAAUCAGUAAAACCCCAAAUUAUUUCAUUCAUCUACAUGAAUAUGUUACAGGUCAAAAUUAAAUUCAGGUUAACCAUGUUGAUUCUCUAUUUUCUGUAUCUCCUAGCCCUAAUUAUUCAUGAAUUAGGGCUAGGAAACAAAGAAAAUUGCAAAAAAAAUUGUUAAUAUUAUAAAUUACAAAAUUUUAACCUGAAUGUAAUUUUGACCUGUAACAUAUAUGCCUUCUUAAUACUUGUGAUAAAAUAAUGCUUAGAUGCCAUGAUUAGCCAUGAACUUCAUUAUGACUUAGAACACAGUUUUGUUGAACAGGGGCUAAACUCCUUUUUAAUAACCAAUCAGUGUUUUGUAUAGAUUUUUUUUUGUUUCCUCAAAGGUGAAUUUACUGCUACUGGUGGAGAUCCUCUCUCUAAAUUCUGCCAUGAUUUGAAAACUGCUCCUGAUGAGGUAAUUGUGCUUGUAAUAUCAUAGGUGACGAAUUACCCCUUAAUUUUGGCGCGAAAUUUCAGCGUUAAUUUGUAAUUUCACAUGUGAAAUUACAAAAUUGCCAUGGCAACCGUUUCGUACGUCUCAGUGUCAAGAUGGUGACGAAGUUUUAAAAUGCCGUGAAUGAAGAUGUCAGGGCAGAAAAAGGCGCUUUAGAAAACCUGAACACACAAGAGAACAUCAAGAAGGAUUCUAACAGGUAUUUUUCCGAAAAAGUCUGAAAAAUUCUGAACUUUAUAAGCCAAAUUUAAGGUCUAAAAAUUUGAGAGAGUGGAGUUCUCGAUUGAUACAAUCCAGGAUAAACAUGUCAAAAAUCCAAGACUGCUAACGUAAUUUGUCACCUAUGAUAUUAAUAGGUAAUCAAAUUGUAUACUCGUGAAAUUAGGGAAUAUUUUCACGCGCGUUUUGUCCAAAUCCUAAUAAUUUCCCAAGCCUUUCACUUGUCUCCAUUUGAUUACCCAUACUAAUUAUGUAUAUAGCAAGUAACCCAGCUUACUCAAUCAGGUGGUAAUCAAGAAUGAAUGUUACAACUCAUCCUUCUUACUAUCCCACAGCAGUCACCUAAUUUCUGUAAUGUAGCUUUACGUUGUUUGGAUAUUGUAGAACCUCUGAUUGUGGCAAAUGAAUGAGUUGACAUCAAACUUAAGAUUAAAAGGAAAAUAGCAUUUACACUGGACCCUGCCUUAUGACCACCCCAUUAUCAGGGCCUGAAGAACACUUGAAUUUCAGCUUGUCCUGUGGAUAAGCAGUGCUGAAAUAAAUGCUCAUCAAGGGCAUUGUCUAAGUUAUGAUUUAGAUUUGUGUGUUCUUGACCAAGCAUGAGGAAGUCAAGAUGGCUGGAUAUUGGCCAAGUUGUUUUUUGCUUUUUUAUGGACCAAGACAAAGUUAAGGUCAUGGGCCCAUCUUUCCAUCUUCAUCGUCUGCCAUUCAGAUCACAGGAUUUGCUUCAGCUUGCCCACUCGCAGAUUCAGCCACAUUUAUAUAACAAGAGGAUUUAUUAGUGAGAUUAAGCAUCACGUUUAUGGCAAACAUGAAUUUGUAACACGUGACCAAGUUUCCCCUUUACUUGUCAUUUACUGUUCAUCAUAACUGCAUCAAAAUCGGUUGAUUCACUCCAAUUCUGUGCAUGUUUGAAGCUCUUUUUAUCUGCUCAUUUCUCAUUCUGAAAAUUUCUCAACUUGAAUCUCACGUUUGCUGUUUAGCAUAAAUGCGAUGCUUAAUCAUGACUUGGGCAUGACUUACUAGACAGGGAAAUUUAUUUGUCCUGCGUGACUGGACAGGGCCUUUUUGCAAGCCCUGAUUAUCUGAAAUGACGGCAUUAGUAAUUAGUGUGGCCACAUUUUUUCAGCCCAAACAUAAAUCACUCAGGGUUUUCUUACCUGAAACCCUUAUUAAUACUUACCAAAUUUUCAUGCUUUUUGCAUGGUUACAUUAAUGGGGUUUCAACAUAACCUACAAAACAUAAAUUCUGCAGCAAAUAAAUAAAUAUCCUACACAGUAGAUUUUAAAAAAAUAGUAACUUAGGCUUUGUCAGAUUAUUUUGGUUUGCGUACCAGUGCAACAAUGGUUUUAAAGAAAAAACAAAACUGAAUUAUAAACAAACACAAUGAGAUAGUGAUAAAGAGACAUUCAAGUGUUUUGUGAUUAACUUUUCGUAAAUUUAAAAGUAAAUCUUUUUAAUAAGUUUCUUUUGUUUCUAGGAUUGUGCCAUUUGUUUUGAAAAGCUCUGUAACAUCUCCUCAUUUUAUGAUGAAUGUGAAAGCACCAAAGAAGCUUGCACCAUCAAACAGCUGGACAAAUGCAAGCAUUCAUUUCAUGCCUCUUGUUUGCAGGCAAUGUACAACAGUGGAGCAAAAGUGAGUGACUUAUGGAUUUCUUCACAGUAAUAACUGUGGUCUGAGACAAGAUUUUAAGGGAUCAAGCAAACAGGUGCAUGCGAAAAGACUUUAAAUGAACAAUAAAUUUUUCACAUUGCUUGAAGGCCUUUUCCAAGUACCUUACCAAUUAAGCAACAAUAUUGCGUUGCAGUAAAAGCCAUUUUAAGGUAGCUUUAUGUAGUUGCAAGUUAGCUGGUCCCUUUUAGAUCUCCUUCUGAAUUGCAUUAUACUUAAUUACAAACUUGAUUUCACAAUGACUAGUGUGUUUUUUUUUUUUUUACAAUAAACUAAGGAUCUUGUAACUUACAGUGUUCUGUUUAUAUGCUAACAUUAUUUUUUUCACCAUCACUAAAAUUUUGGGCGACCUUGCAGCUCUCGGAAGACCUUAUGGGAUUGGUUAGAAAGCAAUGAACAAACAAAGUUAACAGAGGAACCUAGCGCGAAAACAAAAGAGCUGCUACCUAUAGGGGUCCAGUUAAAUUAGAGGUUCUGAAGAGCUGUAAGGCUGAUGAAAAUUUUGAGGUGGCAGACGUUAUUUGUGAUCAUAGCAUAAACAGGCAGUUUAAUUGUUUUUUUUUUAGAACAUCACAAGAAGUAACAAUCAACAAACAACAUUUUAUACACGUACUUCAACAGGACUCGGUGGUUUGUUGCUUUACCUCAAUUUUUCAAAAAAAUUUUUUAUAUUCCCAGGAUGGAAGUUUGCAGUGCCCAACGUGUAAGGCAAUUCAUGGUGUCAAACAUGGUAUUCAGCCAAAGGAGGGUAACAUGGAUGUGCGUCGCUUACACCAAAGCCUUCCUGGACACCCUGACUGUGGAAUGAUUACAAUAACUUAUGACUUUAGAGGAGGAAUACAGGCAUGUCUCAUUCAAAUGUUUGCAUUUACAGAGAAGAGAGUAACUUAUCCUUAA